AUGGGAUAUUCAGUUUGCUUCUGCUUGGGGCUGCUGUAUGGCCGGCUGAACCCCAACCAGCUUCCUUUGUAUGCUGCUGCUCCGCAGCAGCAGCAGCAGCAGCAGAAGCAGCAGCAGCAGCAGCAGAAAAAGAGGAAGAGACAGCGGUUCCGCUGUGCCCCCUGGAUCGGACUCGUGACGCGAGAGCAAGUUGCUAUCCGCAGGAGACAGGCUGAGAUUCAGCAGCAGCAGCAGCAGCAGCAGCAGCAGCAGCCGUCUUGCGGCGCUGCAGAUUGCAUCUGCACUGCUGCUGGUCCUGCUGCUGCUGCUGCUGCACCUCAAGGCCCAGUGGGCGGCGAGUCGCUGCCCACUGCGGACUCUUGCGGCCACGGCGACAGCAGCAGCAGCAGCAGCAGCAUACCUGCUGCAGCAGCAACAGUUGCUCCUGCUGCUGCCGGGGAACCUAGUGCCGCAGCAACGAGCGGCAGCUUCGGGCCUCCGUCAGGCUCAGCAACAACAACGGCAGCAGCAGCAGCAGCAGCAGCAGCAAACGACGCAGACUGGGAACCCCCCUGGCCUGCUUCUCCCGGAGCUGAGCCUUCUGUCCCUUUGAAUUUGUGUCUCCUCACAAUUCACUGCAGCUGCGACGACGAAGACUUUCUCCUUAGAGUCUCCUUGGACAAGGUGAGCGAUGACCUGCCGUCUCUGUCGGAACUCGAGCGCUGCUACACAAUUCACGGAGAAAGAUUUUCUUUGUCAGCUUUGGACAGAAAGUUGUCGAAUUUGCAAGAAAUAGAGACGCAAAGCAAGCAGCUGCUGCUGCUGCUGCAGGCCGCCCACAGCAGCAGCAGCAGCAGAGCAGCAGCCGAAAAACGCCUCGUCAGCAAAGGCGGCAGACACCUCGUCCUCGCCAGGGUCCCCACGCGGCACUUGCCCACGCUCUCCAGCAGCAGCAGCAGCAGCAGCAGCAGCAGCGGCAGCAGCAGCGGCGGCGGGGGAGAUGCGGCGGACCCAGCGCAAAGUCGGGUGCAUUCGGAAGACCAACUCCAGCAGCAGCAGCAGCAGCAGCAGCUGCCCCCCGCCGCAGGUGUGACGGGCGCAGGGGGUGGCAGCAGCGCUGCUGCCGACAGCAGCAGCAGCAGCAGCAGCAGCAGCAGCUCUUACGGGGACUUUGUGGACCGGAGCGAGCUGCGCUUUGACUGGCAGCUGCGGGGAGUUGCUGCGCGGCUGGAAGCAGAAAAGAGACAAAGCGGCGAAGGUGCAGCAGCAGCAGCAGCAGCAGCAACUUUGUCUCUUUCCCAAACUUAUGAUAAUCUCUUUCUGCUGCUGCAGUCUGUUAACAGCCAUGUCCUCAGGGCCAAAGCAGCACACCUGAGCUGCCAGCUGCGCUGCAUUGAAAGAGAUGCCAUUAACACCAAAAACAAGUUGCUGCUAAACCAGCAGCAGCAGCAGCAGCAGCAGCAGCGCGGGGAAGGGGCGGGCGAGGUAGGGGCUGCAGAGGAAACGGCGCAACAGCAGCAGCUAAAGCGCGAGCAGCAGCAGCUGCAGCAGCAAGCCAGCCGGCAGCUGGAGCUGCUGCAGCAGGGGAGAGCCCUAGUCAAAAUGUAUGCAGCAGAAGAGCAGCAGCAGCAGCAGCUGCUGCUGCUGUGGAGGGAGGUUUUUAUGGCUCUUGUGCAUCUGCCCCCGGGCACUCCGCCAAACCCUCACAUCCGCAACGGCAGGCGGCUGCAGCAGCUCUUCUAG